UCCAUCAUGGUGGGUGAAAAGAGGAAUGGAAAUCUUGGGCCAAAACUACAAGCUUAUCCCGAGGAGCUAAUCCGCCAACGUCGUGGAUACGAUGGACAUACUGAAUAUCUGAUUCGGUGGAGCAUCCUGAGUUUAGAUGACAAUGUAGAAAAUACCACCCAUGCUGCUUCAGCUGAGAACAAAAUGGAUAACAUUCUUAUGUGGAUGUCAGCAGAAGAAGUUUAUGCUAAUUGCCCCACACUAUUGGGCAAGAGGAAGCCUGAGGGGCAGCGAGUAAAAGAGGAAAAAUCACCUAGCACUUUUCCCUCUGAUGUCACAGUGGAUGAAGCUUCCUUGCAUGAAAUGAAGGUUGACGUCAGGAACCUGGUACAGCGUGCUAAUCGACAGAUGGCCAGGACGAGUGGUCCGGAGUCCUCCAUCCUUAAUACUGUCCAUGUUCUCAGUGCUUAUGCCAGCAUUGGCUCAUUGACAGGUGUCUUUAAGGAAACAGGUGCUUUAGAUCUGCUGAUGAAGAUGUUAUGUAAUGAGGAGAAGCAAAUCCGUCGUAGUGCUGGCAAGAUGCUGAGAGCUUUGGCUUCUCAUGAUGCAGGAAGCCGAGCUUAUGUUCUUUUGUCCCUGAGCCAGCAAGAUGGCAUUGAACAGCACAUGGAUUUUGACAGUCGUUAUACUCUCUUGGAGCUUUUUGCUGAGACUACAUCCUCUGAAGAGCACUGUAUGUCCUUUGAAGGGAUUCAUCUCCCUCAGAUUCCAGGGAAGCUGCUGUUUUCUCUAGUGAAGCGUUACCUGUGUGUCACUUCCCUCAUGGACAAGUUAAACAGUACCACAGAACUGGGAGGGGAACAUCAGGACUCUUCAGCCCCCAGUUCAACCUUCGGGGAAAAAAGCCGGGUACAACGGGAAUUCGAUUUCAGCAUGGCCAUGGCUAACCUAAUUUCAGAGCUAGUCCGGGUCAUGGGCUGGGAUCGCAGCCAAGAAAGAGAACUUCUGUCUCUGACGAAUGCCCAGCCUCGAAUUAUUCGAUCCAUCUUCCAGCCCAAGGGUUCCACUUGUACGGCUGUUCAGGUGCCUUUAGUAACUUCCAACCCUUCGCCAAGAAAAAAGCAAGGCCAACCAUUUUUGACUUUGUCAGAUUUUUCCAAUCGCAGCAGCUAUAUUGAAUAUGUGCAGGAGAAUCUUAAGCCAGGAAUGACUGUGCGGAUGUUGGAAGAAUACGAGGAGAUUGAUGCUGGGGAUGAGGGUGAAUUUUGUCAAAGCAAUAGUGGAAUGCCUCCUGUGCAGGUUUCAUGGCAGUCAGCUGGCCAGACUUAUUGGGUGCACUGGCACAUGAUAGAAAUUAUUGGCUCUGGGGAGCAAAAUGAAGAGGAUGCUGCACAAGAAAAAGUAUCUAGUUUAACAGAGAACCUGAAACUACCCACAGCUACUCAGACAUUUUACUGCAAACCUCUUGGAGGACUUUACUGCCUGCCAUACUUAGUGGAUCAACUAAAUGAGAAUUCUGGAAUGUUGAGCCGGGCUGAAUGGUGGGAACUACUUUUUUUCAUUAAAAAGCUGGAGCAGCAUGAACAACAGGAAAUAAUUCGGUUCAUCCAGGAGAAUCAUGAGGAACAGCUGUCGGAACUAGAUGAAGAGGGCCUGAUUCAGCUGUCAAUAUCAGUAGAAUUGGCUCGGAAACUUUUGCCACUCUUGAGCAAGUACUGUCAAGGCUGCACCCAAAAUGACCUCCAGAAUUCCCACAUCUAUGUCAAAUAUACCCUCAACAAGGGAAGUACAGAGCAAGGUUGCCAAAGUGUGGACAUGACUUCUGCAAAAGAUAGUGGCUUCUCUGAAGCCAUGGCUUCCCAAAAACCAAAGGAGUCACUUUCUGCUGAAAUGUCUUCUCCAGUGCUGUCCACAACAGAGAAGACUGACACACAGUUGAUUAAUAAACUUCUUCACGUAGAAGGACUUUUCUUUCCAGACUUACCAGAUGAAAAAGCCAAAGCUUUCUUCAGUGGGAAGGUGUCUGGAAAGAGGAACUCCUUGGAGAAGCUUGCAGAUAUUGUAGAUAUAAUACAGAAAUCUAGUUCUGAGGUUGCACUUCAGGUGGCUGGAAUCAGAUUCAUAAUCAAGAUCUUGGAAGAUGAACCUGGUCAAGAAAGACAAAUUAUUAAAGUAGAAAGUGGACCCUCAAUCAGAGAGAAGAUCGUGAAGAUGCUGGUGGAGCUGCUCAGCAACCAGCUGAAGGAGAAACUACUGAUGGUGACUGCAUUACGACUGCUGUACAUGUUAAUGGCAAAGUACGAUUGGCGAAUCCUUUUUGCCACGGAAGGCGGCGUGCGUGCUGUGCUGGGCUGCAUGCAGGAGUAUUCCACUUCGGCAUUGGUACAGCUGGCUGGCUUGGCAGCAUUGAAAGUAUUGGUGGGUGCUGGGAAUUGCGAACUGCUUGGUACCAGUGGGAAAUCAUACCCUCUGAAUCAUUCAGAUGCUCAGAUGAUGCGGGAAAUUUUUGCCAGCAUUGGUUCUGCUUCCAGCAAAGAAUCUGAUAAUUUACUAUGUGUAAUUUGUACUGCUAUUGAGAAGAUGUUGGCUACACCUGGAGCCUCAUCGGCAGUGCAGAAUGGGCUGCUGGUAUUAAACAUGCUGAUCAACAAUCACAAGGGCCUGGCAGAACAGUUGGGAAGCUGUGACCUCCGGUCGGUCCUACAGAAUUGUUGCCAAACAGGCCAGGGCUCCAAUGAGAUGCUAGCUCGAAUAGUGCUCAAUCGUUUGGCUGAGCAUAAAUUGCCCUUGAGCCAGGAGAACGCAGAAUCUGAAGCUUCCUUUGAGUUCAAAGACAUGGAUGUACCAACGCUGCUGAAAAACCUGCAUGAAGCCAGCUUUUCAAAAGAAGUAGUGCUAGCACUGGAGCACUGCCUUUGUGAUAAAGGUGUUUACCCUGAGAGAAAUGGAGUGGACGUUUUGCCAGAUCAUGAGCAUUUCUUGCUGCUGUUGAAAACCCUAGAACAGUUGGGAGCUGAAAAGGCUGUCCAGAUGGCCAUGCUGAGGAUUUUGAAUAAAUUUUUGGAUAUUUCCCAAGAGGAUGCAUUGCCCUGGCAUGAGUGCAUUGAGCCUUGUCUGUCCUCAAUGAGUACCCACAAUAAUGAACGGGAGGUUGUGCAGGAGUUCAUCCGUUUCCUGCAUCGUUUAGCUACCACCAACAAAGAUUGUGCUGUUGUGAUGUGUCGUGUAGGCACAAAGGAAGCUCUGACCAAAGCUAUGGACAAGCACAACUCCAACCUGCUAUUGGUGACAGAAUUGCGGGACCUUGUGACUGACUGUGAGAAAUAUGCUAGCCUUUAUAAGAAGAUGACAACCAGUAUCCUGGCUGGUUGCAUUCAGAUGGUUCUGGGACAGAUAGAGGAACAUAGACGAAGUCACCAGCCUAUUAAUAUCCCCUUUUUUGAUGUUUUCUUGCGCAACCUUUGCCAAGGUUCUAAUGUAGAGGUGAAGGAAGACAAGUGUUGGGAGAGGAUAGAAGUCUCUUCUAAUCCACAUAGAGCCAGUAAACUGACUGACAAAAAUCCAAAGACAUAUUGGGAGUCUAAUGGUAGCACAGGUUCCCAUUACAUCAAUGUCUACAUGCAUCGUGGAGUGGUAGUCAGACAGAUGACUUUAAUAGUAGCUAGUGAGGAUUCCAGCUACAUGCCAGCUCGGAUUGUCCUGAUCGGACGAGAGAACGGAUCUAGCGUCACUAGUGAGCUCAAUACUGUGAAUGUCCUACCUACAGCUAAUCGGAUAGUUCUUCUGGAGAAUAUGGCCCGCUUCUGGCCAGUUAUACAGAUCAAAAUUAAGCGCUGUCAACAGGGUGGCAUUGACACACGAGUGCGUGGCCUUGAGGUGCUGGGUCCCAAGCCCACUUUCUGGCCCAUCUUCAAAGAACAGCUGUGCCGACGUACAUAUCUCUUUUAUACCACCAAAGCACACACCUGGUGCCAGGAAAUCUUAGAAGAUCGGAUGCAGCUGCUGCAACUUUUCAACAGAUUGAACAGUGCCUUGCGCCAUGAGCAAGUAUUUGCCAAUCGCUUCCUUCCUGAUGAUGAGGCUGCCCAGGCUCUAGGCAAGACCUGUUGGGACGCCCUGAUUACUCCCUUGGUGCAGAGUAUCACCUCUCCAGACUCUAGUGGCAUAAGCCCCAUGUCAUGGUUACUAACUCAGUACUUGGAAAAUCUGGAUGCAGCCAGGAGUUCCAUGAGCCGAGCUUCCAUCUUUAAUUCCCGUGUUCGGCGCCUGAGCCACUUGCUAGUGCACGUGGAUUCUGCCGGCCCUGAACUUGAGGAGCUGAAGCCUCCUAUUAAAACCAAUGGGAAGAAUGGUAAGAACAAGGAGUCAAGCUCAGGAGUUCUCAAGCCAGCAGUGAAUAAACCCUGUGGGAUGACAGGCAUCACACAAUGCUGGAAAGGUGUAGUGCAGCAGCAGGUGAAAUGUUUCCUGGAGUCCUCCUGGCAGGCCCCUGAUUUCGUGGAACGAUAUUGCAGAACCUACCAGCGCCUCCGUACUGCCAUGGAGGAGCUUUUUGGACAGCAGAUCUCCUUCAUGCUGGCCUUGUGCCACGGUUUCUCCGGAGGCUUGUUGCAGCUCUCCUUCCUGACAGCCAUGCAUGUGAGUGAGCAAUUUGCCCGUUACAUUGACCGGUGGAUCCAACAGAGCUGGGCAGAUUCGGGUAAUGUGGAGACCUUUCAGUGCCUACAGCAGAGCCUGGAACCCAUCAUCUUCCUAGCAAAUCUGGAGUUGGCCAACACUUUUGAGCGAUUCUACCGAUACUACCUAGGAGAUCGUCUCCUGUCUCAAGGGAAGACGUGGCUGGAAUCUGCUGUAGUGGAGCACAUUGGGAUCUGCUUCCCCAACCGCUUCCCUCAGCAGAUGCUGAAAAACUUGAGUGAGAUGGAGGAGCAGCAGCAACAGUUUCAUCUUUUCCAGUUGCAGCAGUUGGACAAGCAGCUGCUGGAACUAGAUCAGCAAGAAAACCCUGAAGAGGCGAUGGAAGAAAAUGAGAUGAUGGAAGAUAAACCAUUUUCUCAGGAGCAAGAAGCAGAAGUGAAGGUAUUGGCUUUGUCUCCACGUUGUUGGACCGUCUCUCCCCUCUGCUACCUGGAAGACCCUGCCAGAUUUUUCCCAUCCUCUCUCAGUCAGCAGCUGAGAAAAUUUGCAGACUUCUAUACCCAGAGCCGGAGCCAUUUUGGGAUGGAACAUACAAAGCCACAGCGUUUACAGUGGACAUGGUUGGGUCAUGCUGAGCUAAAGUACCAGGGCUACAUCCUGCAGGUGUCCACCCUGCAAAUGUACAUUCUUUUGUGCUUCAACCAUGCCGAGGAAGUUUCUGUGGAGACACUAUUAGAAGUCACCGGUCUCUCCCCUGUCCUCCUAAGCCACGCCCUGAAACCUCUGACAAAGGAGAAUGGGAUACUUACCCAGAGGCAGAGUCUUUUGAGGCUGAACGAGGGGACACUGAGCCAGCCAUCCGGUCAGCGCCUGUGGCUCUUGCCCAAACAGAUGUAUUUGAAUGUGGAAGAAAAUGAGGGCUGUGCUCUGGAGAAGAAGAGGAAUACCAUUUGCUGUCUCCUUGUCCAGAUCUUGAAGGCGGAGAAGGAGAUGCAUAUUGACAACCUGGUAUUUAAGGUGAUUGAUGCCUGCCAGAAACGAGAGUCUGCUGGUACCCAGAAAUUUUUGAACUUUUGCUGUAGUAGCACAGAUGUCUUCUCUUGCAUCCUGCAUCUGCUGAGCCAAGGUUACAUCCAACGCCAGGAGGACAACCCACAUAUCUUGGAGUACAACUUGGCAGAGCCCACCACACCUCACCGAGGUCAAGCCCAACUCAUUUUUCAAAACAUUAAAUGCCAAAAACCAAAGAAGGCUUCUGGGAAAGAUACAACCAACAGAUUGGAUACCUUUGGCCUUGACACAGAACAGGUUCUGAUGGAGACGGUCCUCUUGCCUUUGGGACGUACAAUGAAUCAAGAAGAAGUUGAGUUGCUGAUGACCCAAACAGUGGAGAAGGUGUCAGAUACUCUAAGUGUGACUACAGAUAUAGCUCAACAUCUGCUCAUACACUGUAAGUGGAAUGUGGAUGUUCUGAUUCAGCGAUACACGGAAGACCAAGAGUCGAUGCUGUUUUUCUCAGGGCUGCAAGUGCAAAAUCCUCAGCCACCUUCAAGCCCUGUCAGCCACUGUCCAGUGUGUGUGAAUCCUCUGAGUGAAACAGACGAUCUGCCUCUUCUGUGUUGUAUGCACUACUGCUGUAAGUCCUGCUGGAAUGAAUACUUGACUACUCGGAUUGAACAAAAUCUGAUUCUGAAUUGCACAUGUCCCAUUUCUGAUUGCCCUGCACAGCCCACUACUGCCUUUAUCCGCUCUAUCAUUUCCUCCAAAGAAGUCAUUGCCAAGUAUGAGAAAGCCCUUCUAAGAGGUUAUGUUGAAUGCUGUUCAAACCUCACUUGGUGCACCAACCCUCAGGGCUGUGAUCAGAUACUCUGCAAGGAAGGCCUUUGCUAUGGAGAAGCUUGUUCAAAGUGCUCUUGGAUCUCCUGCUUCAGCUGCAAUUUUCCUGAAGCUCACUAUCCUGCCAGCUGCAGUCACAUGUCUCAGUGGAUGGAUGAUGGUGGUUUCUAUGAAGGAAUGACUGUGGAAGCCCAGAGUAAACACCUGGCCAAACUCAUAUCUAAACGCUGUCCAAGCUGCCAAGCUCAAAUAGAGAAAAAUGAGGGCUGUCUACAUAUGACUUGUGCCAAAUGUAACCAUGGAUUUUGUUGGCGUUGCCUGAAACCUUGGAAACCAACCCAUAAGGACUACUACAACUGCUCUGCCAUGGUAAGCAAAGCAGCUCGACAGGAAAAGCGUUUCCAAGACUAUAAUGAAAGGUGCAUUUUUCAUCAUAAAGCAAAGGUCAGGAUCACUAGUUGUGGGAAUGAGGGGUCUGCUCCUAGUGAAACCAUUCCCCCAUUGGAGAGAUUCUAACUGGAAUCAUUUAUAUGCAUUGUGAUACAUGAUGUGUUUCAGGUCCUGGCAUAUUCCUGCAUCUACAGCUACUAUAACCAGGACACAGAAAAAAUGGAUAUCAUGGAACAACAGUCUGAUAAUCUGGAGCUGCAUACUAAUGCUUUACAGAUCCUUUUGGAAGAGAUGCUGUUACACUGCCAAGAUCUUGCCUCUUCCAUUCGGUUGCUCAAAGCAAAGCAUUUUAAUAUCGGUUUAGAGUUGGUUCGAAGGAUCCAAGAACGGCUCCUGUCAAUUCUGCAUCAUGCUACUCAGGAUUUCAGAGUGGGAUUCCAAACUCGACAAAGCUCCGUACACAGGGGGAUUAAAUUAUCCAAUGUACUUAAUGGCACUUCUGCUUAUAAACAGCUGAUUUUUUAUGAAGGAUCUGACACACCUGAUACAGAUGAUGGGGGCAAAGAGGAAAAUGAGGAAGAUGAGUAUGUUCCAGAGUGGCAAGAAGAAUAUGAUGAUGAAGACCUUGAUGAUGAUGAUGAUAUUUCCUAUGAUGAUGAAUCAGAAAAUCUAGAGAGAGAUUGCUUUUUUUUUGAUGAUGAAGAUGAACCAUUUGAUUAGGGUUCACCUUUGGACUCCCAAAUUCUGAAGAAGAGGAAGCUUCAGGCAACCUUGUCCCUGCUAAUUCUGCUACUAUCAUUGUCACAAAUGGCAGGGAGAGGAUUUCAGUUAAUUGGGAGUCAAUUAUAAUGAUCAUUUACAAUGAAGGGCACCUUCUCUUUGAGAUAUAUCCUUGUGGCUAUUGGAAAAUUCACAGUGCCUGAUUACAUAUGAAGUUCAUUAGCCAAAUAAACAAAUGAAAAAACUGGGGAGCAGUGAGGCUGCAGGACUGCAAACUUUCUUAGGGAAUAAGACUAGGCUCCAGUCUAGAAAAAAGACCUUUGCCUCAACUCCAAUGCAGGCUUCAAUUUUAAGAGAGCACUAUAUAUCAUCAGUUUAUGUGAAAGUUUGCACAUCACCCUUUUCCAUAUUCCCUGUAUUUUAUUGCCCAUUGGCUAAUACUUAUGCAGAGGUUUUAUUUGAUAAAUAUAUUUGACUUUAUUAUUUUGCCCAGCAUUGAGUUAAAGUUCUAGAACGUAAUAGCAAUACAGCCUUAUUUAUGAGUGCCAGUUCAGUUUUGUUCUCCAGUAGUGAUUCAUACGGUAAAUACAUGGAAACAUGAAUGUGUGUGUGUGUGUGUGUGUGUGUGUACACAAAUGUACAUAAAUAUGCAAAGUCUCUAAGGGGCUUCUUGUCUGUCAGAACAAUUCUCAUUUCCAUUCUAACACAGCUCCAAAACAAUGAAUGGAGAUUUUUAUUUCAUUUCAAUAUAAAUUAUUCUAUAAGAUUCAGUGCCAGGGACAAUGAUAUUCUCUAAUUAAUGAAAAGGCAACUUAGGACAUUGAUUGUGUGUGAAUCACUUGAAUUACAUCUCGUUUGGGCAAGAAUUGUGUGUGCUUGUGUGCAUGCGUGUGUUUUCACGCUUGCAUAUAAUGCUUUCUUAUGAAUGUUGGUAAAGCUGGUUUUUUUUAAAAAAAUUAAAACAACUCCCAAAUUCAGUUAAAAUGCCCUAUGGCUCUUUUGGAUAAAUCUGUAGGUUGCUUAUGUUCUGAACUGAAAUGGUUUUGUAUUUUGUACGGAACUCUUUCAUGAAGAGAUUUUUUUCUUUAAUGUUCUUUUGUCAUUUGGAAUGCAUUCUACAGGUGGGAAUUCCACAGGAUAUAGAAGUUCAGAAGGUUCAUAUAUACAAUAUAAACAUAUGUAUGCAUACAUAUAUGUGUGUAUGUGUAUGCAGGAGCUAAAAUUGUUCAGAGUAUUCUGCUUUCUCUUUUCUUGAAAAUGAAAAAGAACCCAGAAACUAUACAACUUCUGUUUAUGAAAUAAACUGGUUUUCUUCUGUUGCA